GAAAAUAAAGAACAGAGAGAAUUAAUUUAUUAAAAGAAUCAUCUAACAAUAGAGGAGGGUUGUCAUUGACGUCAAUAUUCUUUUUUCUUUGUGCUUUUGCUUUUCCUGUCUAUCUAACAGCUCCUCCUUUUUCAAAAAUCCUUAAUAACAAUUUCAACAAAGAGGUGUAUAUUAUUGUUCUUAAUUUUGGGUUCUUCUUUCUUUACGUAUUCCACCAUAUUUUGUUUCUUUCUGAACAAAUUUAACAGCGCCUGUUCUAUCAAAAUAUCAAACACCCAUUUCAAAAAUCGUAUAGAAGAAUCCCAACACAGUAAAUAGAAACAAAACUGUUGUUUUGAUAUUUGGUUGCUUUUGUUUUGACUAUACAUUGUUGGGGUGUUCUAAGUAUUUAGGAAAUAUGGUUAUUGGUAUGUGUUUCAUGCUGACACCUUUGACGCAAGGAAAAUUGAUUUGGGUUAGGGAAAAAUAGUGAAAUUGAGAGCGCCUGAGGCUGGAAGGAGGGAGAAGGAGAGGAAAAGGUGGGUUCAUUAGAAGAGAAUGAACAAAGAAUUGCGAGGCAUUGUCAAGGCUUGGGAAGCAAAAGUGAAGAAAUCACAAGCAGCUGCAAAAAACAGGGCAAAUAGCAUAUUCAGUACAAUGUCAGUGGCCUAUGUGGAUGAUGAUGAAACUUAUAACCCUGGAGAGAUUUAUCAUGUUGAGAAGGUAUUCUCCAAUGGGGAUGUGUUUAUAGGGCAGUGGGGAGACAACUGUCCUAAUGGCCAUGGCAAGUACUUGUGGGUUGAUGGUUGUAUGUAUGUUGGUGACUGGUGCAAAGGCAAGGCAAUGGGGAAGGGCAAGUUUAGUUGGCCCUCCGGUGCGACUUAUGAGGGCCAAUUCAAGAAUGGGUACAUGGAUGGAGAGGGAUGCUAUACAGGUUCUUCAAAUGAUACAUAUAGAGGAACAUGGGUGAUGAACAUGAAGCAUGGUACAGGCACAAAGAAUUAUGCAAAUGGAGACUAUUAUGCUGGGGCGUGGCGUCGUGGGCAGCCUGAUGGUCAGGGGAGGUAUGUAUGGAACAAUGGGAACCAAUACAUUGGGCAUUGGAGGCUUGGGAGGAUGAAUGGCAAUGGAACUAUGAUGUGGGCUAAUGGGAAUCGAUAUGAUGGUAGUUGGGAGGAUGGAUUGCCUAAAGGAAAUGGGACAUUCCGAUGGGCUGAUGGGAGUUUUUAUGUUGGUGUGUGGAGUAAGGAUGAGCAGAGUGGGACUUAUUAUCCCUCAGCUUCACAAAUGGGUAAUUUUGAAUGGGAUCCUGAGUUAUUUUUGGACUUGAGAGAUUGUAGAAUUGAUGCAAGUGAGAAAGUAUUGGUAUUUCCUUCGCAAAAAAUGGUUAACUGGCCUUGCGAAGGGGGAUCAUUGGGGUGGAGAACUCCAAAAGUAAAUGAUGCAAGGCCAAGGAGAGCAUCUAUAGAUGGGAGGCUGAGCAAUGAGGGUGGCUAUAGUUUGAGCUCAGAAUCUGAUUUGAGUUCUGAUGUAUUUAGUGGAUAUUCAGGUUCUGGAAGAGAAUUAAACGAAGGAUCAGGGGCUAAAGAAGUUGAUGUGUUGACAGUUUACCGGCCUCGUAUCAUAAUAAAACCCACAAAAAGGCAGGGAGUUACUAUAUCCAAAGGGCAUAAGAACUAUGAGCUAAUGUUAAAUUUGCAGCUUGGAAUUAGACAUGCUGUAGGAAGACCUGCUCCAGCUACUUCCCUUGAUCUGAAAGACACAGCAUUUGAUCCGAAGGAGAAAAUAUGGACCAGAUUUCCUCCAGAAGGCUCAAAACAUACUCCGCCUCACCAAUCAUGCGAGUUCAAAUGGAAGGAUUACUGCCCUUUGGUUUUCAGGACACUGAGAAAAUUGUUUAAGGUGGAUCCAGCGGACUACAUGAUAUCUAUAUGUGGAAAUGAUGCCCUUCGAGAGUUGUCAUCCCCUGGAAAAAGCGGAAGCUUCUUUUACUUGACCCAUGAUGACAAAUACAUGAUUAAAACUAUGAAGAAGUCAGAAGUAAAAGUGCUUAAGAGAAUGCUUCCAGCUUACUACAAUCAUAUACGGGUGUUUGAAAACUCCCUGGUAACCAAAUUCUUUGGUCUUCAUUGUGUGAAGAUGACUGGACCUGCACAAAAGAAGGUGCGAUUUGUCAUUAUGGGAAACUUGUUCUGCACCGAAUAUGCUAUUCACCGACGUUUUGACUUGAAGGGCUCUUCCCAUGGCCGCUUAAGUGAGAAGGUUGAAUCUGAGAUUGAGUCGACCACCACCCUCAAGGACCUUGAUCUUAAUUUUAUCUUCAGAUUGCAGAAAUCCUGGUUCCAAGAUUUCCGCCGGCAAGUGGACAGGGAUUGUGAUUUUCUUGAACAGGAGAGAAUUAUGGAUUACAGUCUUUUGGUUGGUAUUCACUUCAAGGAAAUAUCACACACAGGGGAACCUUUAUCGACUGAGGCUAGUGUUUCCAAUGCCCGGACUCCUGCCGUGAACGUAGGGCAAGAUGGUGAAGGAGCAACGCCCAGACUAUCUAGGGCAGGUUUGAAUGUUCUCUUUGAUCCUACCAGAUGCGCAUCUGUUCGAUUAGGUUCAAAUAUGCCGGCAUCAGCUGAACUAACGGUGAGAAGAAAUGAUGGUGAGUCUGAUCUGGUGGGGGAUCCAACGGGGGAGUACUAUGAUGUCUUCCUAGUCUUCGGUAUAAUUGAUAUAUUACAAGAUUAUGACAUUAGCAAGAAGCUGGAACAUGCAUACAAGUCAUUUCAAUACGACCCAACUUCAAUAUCUGCCGUCGAUCCCAGACAGUAUUCUAGAAGAUUCCGAAGUUUCAUAUACAGAAUUUUUACAGAAGACACCUAAAGUUACAAGCGUAAUUCUAUGUUCCACUUGCUGCCAGUAAGCCUUAAUGUUCAGUUGGUCGUCCGAGGAUGGACACUGGAGAGUGAAUCUGGUACCGCACAAUGCAAUUAUAGGUUUUCAUUUCCAUUUUUUAUAGGUAGGUCUUUGAUAUAUGAUUUGUCAAGUUAUAUAUUAGCAAUGUGAUUAGAGGGAUAAACCUGCUGCAACUGUAAAUAAAAUAGGAGAGUGAAGCUCAGUUAGAUUUAUUUUUGUCCCAGAGGUGAGGAUUCUCUGGAAUUUCUGCUCUAAAUAAAUCUGUAUAGAAGAAAAAAAAAGAAAGAAAUUCAAAUUUGAAAAAGCAGUUUGGCCCCGUUUCAUUUCAUAAAAGUUUCAUUUUAUAGUUGUUGAAAAGAAGAUUCAAAUGAUCAUGUGAUAACGAUUUGAUCUAUAAAUAUUAAGGGCAUUAAGGCUUCAGCGAGGUAGCCAUUGUUUUA